AUGAAACUGAACGUCGACGAACAUUUCGUCAUUCAUCAAAAGUCCUAUUCACAUAUACAUAUAAACCUUCAUGAAAUAGACCUCAUCUUCAUUCUCACUCUCAUUUCUAUAACAUAUCGUUCUUCUCUUGCCAAACAAGUUCUUGCCAGUGGUCAGCCCAUCUCCACUCCAUCACAUUGUUCACAUUCAUCAUCAUCAGAUUUACCAUUAAAUCAUGUUUUACAAGAGAAAAGCGAUCAUCAAGGUAGUGUGAUCAGUGAUAUUCAUCAUUUGACGAAUUCUCCAAAUACAUUCGAAACAUCGAUCACAUCCAACUCUUCAUUAUCAUCAGCAUCGAAUAGACAUCACGAUACAUUAUCUUACUUGAUCGAACAGAAUCAACGUGCCAUGCAGCGACUCAUCAUAAAUCAUCAAGUGAACUCGAAUGAAGAAUCAACAGCGAUACUUUCAUCGGCAUCGAUGCGAAUACCUGAUUAUGAGAGUGGACAACUACUGACAACCAUCUCACAUGAAAAUACUCAAUUGUCACGAGCACAAGCACAACAGAAGAGCACAUCGAUCGAGACAGGAUCUUUGUCAACAGUUGAUUUUCCAUCUGCUCUUUUACAUGCUGAAGAACAUCGUGUAUUUGAAACAGUUGAAUUGAAUUCUAAAAUUGAUGGUGAUGAUCAUGGUAUUCUUGAUGAACCAUCGUUGACUCUUCUUUCGAACAGUUAUCGUUCAUUAACAACAACAACAGCGACGACAAAUCAAAUAGUGAAUGAAAUGGGAACUCAAUCGAGAUCACAACAAAAGAAGAAACAAUGUUCAUCUCCACUUUCGACAUGUGAUGAUAAGACAAGUGCUUAUUCAACUCCAGCAUUAUCACCGAUCAAAAACGAACCGUUUGCGAUAAGUGAAACAAUGAUUCGAUCGGAAACGAAUUGCUGA